AUGAGUAUUGCUGAUGUCCUGGGAAGUCACGUCAUGCAGACGAAGUUGUUGGAGGCAGCACUCUCGACCUCAUCGAAGAUCGGUGACUUGAGGGCUUCUCUGACAGCUGCGAAUGAUGCGCUGACUACAAGUGCCACGAUGGAGUCCGGAAUGGGCUUCGAUGCAGUCAGCGCGCUGCUGCUGGAUCGGGCAUUGCGCAGUCUCGUUCUCCAUCCGGGCCAUACUACAACCAGCAGUAGACGGUGGCAAGGAAGGAAGGGCAGCCACUUCUUCUGA